AUGGAGCUCUUCCGUAUAGGGGGCCUCCUCCCAGACACAAAUUAUCUCUUCCUCGGGGACUAUGUCGACCGAGGCUAUUUCUCGGUAGAGUGCGUGUCCCUUCUGCUGGCCUACAAGGUCCGGUACCGGGAACGGAUCACCAUUCUUCGGGGCAACCACGAGAGUCGCCAGAUCACGCAGAUUUACGGCUUCUUCGACGAGUGUGCUCGGAAGAAGAUGUUCACAGACUUGUUCGACUAUCUGCCCUUGACUGCCCUGGUCGAGAACCGGAUCUUCUCACAGCACGGAGGCCUCUCACCGAGCAUCGAGAAGCUAGACGAUGUCAGGAAGCUUGAUCGGAUACAGGAGGUGCCGCACGAGGGCGCCAUGUGCGACCUCCUGUGGAGUGAUCCUGACGAUCGUCUGGGCUGGGGCGUGAGUCCUCGAGGUGCGGGCUACACCUUCGGGCAGGAUGUGUCCGAGAAGUUCAACCAGUCGAACGGUUUGAACCUCAUCGCGAGGGCGCACCAGCUGGUCAUGGAAGGGUACAACUGGACCCAUGAACAGCAAGUUGUCACCAUCUUUUCUGCGCCCAACUACUGCUACCGCCACUUGGCCGCCAUCAUGGAGAUUGAUGAGCGGCUAGGGUCUCACUUUGUGCAGUUCGAUCCCGUCAUCGCCGAGACGGAAAAAGUCACCAAGGACCGCAAUCCCCGAAG